AUGUCGCUGACCUUGUCUCGCCCAUUUACUAUCUCCACAUACGAUCCUCCCUCUACUGUCGACUUCUUCACAGGCGGACAAGCUCUAGGCGGUGGACCGGUUCCAAGGGCUUUCGAACGAGACGCGACGGGAACUCCGCCAAGGCAGAACUCGAAGAGCACAGAUCUGGACAAGACACCUCCUGCGGAAGCGAAAGUCCUACCCUGGGUUGAACGAGUCGAGACUGGCACGAUACCGGACGGAAUGUUUGGACCAUACGACUCAGUACCGCCUUCGAGGAUGCCGACUUUGCACGAAGCGCCCGUUCCUGAGCCACGAGGCCGAAUUCACCAUCCUUUCGCCUAUACCGCAUCCGCCACUAUCCCAUUUGCUGCUGUCGGGCAUGAGCACGAGACGUACGAUCAUGGUCCUGCGCCACCCGUCAAGGAUGGACGAGAGCGGGAAAGCGAGGUCAUGAGCCGAGGAGCAGGCCUGAAGAGCAUGUACCAGGCGGCGCUGGGCACUUUUGGUGGUGGAAAGUUGGGGUCGAGCCGGACCGAGGGAGGUGGAAGCCCAGAGCACGGGAAUGAGCAUCGGUCUCCGAGGAAAGCGGCCACCAGCCGAGGCGGCUCUCCAGUCAAGUCUGCUCCAAUCCGUCCAGUACCCACCCACGACCCUCCAACGGACCCACUUCCACCCACUCCCCAAGCCAGGACCACCGCUUCUGGUCUGGGACGUAAGCCCGCCCCAGUCGCAGAGCCGCCCCAUCACGACUCGGACGACCAGCCUCACCUACACCGUCCGCAUCACGACUUUCCCUUCUCGCACCACGAAGCGGCACAGAAGCAGGCCGCUGCCGUCCAGCAGGCUCAUGCUGAGGCGCUCGCUCGGCUCGAAGCUGUCAGGGGCGACGUUCCGGAUCUCCCGCCAUCAGGCCCGAAAGGUCCGCGCGCGACGUACGACACCCAGACUAGCGGGCCUUCUUUUGGCCAUAUCGACCACCAAGAUGGCCAUCCUACCUCCGCUCGGCAGUCAUAUCAGCUUCCCAUGGGCGUCGGCUCAGCUCCAAUGGUACGCGAGAAUGCCCAGUCGGGUGGGGCGUUCUAUCGCAUCCCUUUCGGCGUCCCCAUGACGGCCAAUCUGCCGAGGCCGAUGGUGCUCAUGCGGACCGGUACCGGUGUGGGAAUGGGGCCGGGUAUUGGGAGUAUUGGGCUGGGGAUGCAGGGAGCGAGAUUGGAGGAGGUGCCGGAGGUCAGCGAGGCGAGUCGGAAGAGGGACGAUCGGAGUGCUUUCGUCGAGACUGUGGAGGAUGAGCAAGAGCCCAAGACGCCCACUCUUAAAGUCCGGAAUCAGUCGCUACCUUCACAAACUGCCAGCCAGGCAGAGCCGGCUCCGGCGAGGACCGAAUCUGAGCUCAACCCGAUGAGGAUGAGCCAGCAGACCAUGCAGAAUCCUUAUGACUCCCAGACGCACGCCAUCGACCCGGAGCAGUAUCCGCCGCAUAUGGCUCAGCAGCGCGAAGCGCAUCAUCGAUCGAGAGCACCGACCCAUGCCUCAAAGGCGCCAACCCAAACAGCCCGGUCGGCUCGCUCGCACCAUCACCAGCCCAGCCAGGAUCAUACAUUCAGGACCAACAGGGACGGGACCGAGAACGACAAGCCUGCUCCUUCCGCUCAUCAUCAGCACGCGCCGACAGAGCGGACUCACAAAGCUCAUACCGUCGCUUCCGACCACCGCACUUUUGGCGGCAAGACACCCAGCCCCGAGCAUCAUGGUCAUCAUCACCCACCCGCUCCCGCCUCGAUCGCUCCAACCAGCGCGUCCAACGUCAAGAAGAUCGUCAAGGACAGCUCAUUCCAUGAUGAGACGCUCUGCGAGCUUUUCGAAGCGGCCAGACUGAAUCUGAUCGGGCCGGAGGCGAAGAAGGCGCUGCAGCGCGCUGCGAGGGCGAGGGUCAUUGAGUUGAAGGAUAUCAAGGAGAAGGGCGAUGCUUCUGCUGCCUACCCUACCGUCCCUGCUGGGUAUCCCACUCCACCCAGCUCUGGCGAGAAGAGGAGCAAGUCGAAGGCGAAGCAGAGCAAGCAGCCUACUAUGUCGGCGGUGGAGGAGUAUGCAGCGAUACCCGUGCAAGACGAGUCCAUCCCGCCGAAAUGGGCUCAAACAUUGACCGACCAAAUGGCGGAACUCGAUGCCCGCUUUGCUCAGCUCGCCGAGCAGCAAUUCCAGGCGGAGCUGCGCAAAGCCACUACCCACAUGAGCCCGGACGCCAUGCACGAUGAGACCGACACCAUCCCCCAAGACCUCAUCAACGACCUGAUUUUCCAUGGUCUGCCCACUUCAGCCUUCACCGCCGAUAUUGCCGGCUUCUACCCCAUGGGUCCGCCCGUCCACGCCGGAGCGACUUACGAGUACGCUCCAAGCGCCAAGAUCCGGACCAUAACGCCCAGCCACAAGGCGCGGGAGAACAGCGGGGACGUCACCCUCACGUGGGGCUCGGAGGUCGAGAUGCCCUCGGGAGCGUCACCGCCCAAGCCACGCCAGCCUCUCGGUCCGACGAUCAACGUCCAGCCACCGACGGAGAGUAAUGCUCGGACGAGGCUGGCGAGUAUUCCGUCCAGGACGGAUCCGAGAACGCCAGUCCGGACGGAGAUCGAUUUGAUCGAGGAGCAGAUUAUCCCUGGUUCGGGAAUGGCGGAGAAGAGCCUGCCGGAUACGCCUGAUGCGAGGGAGCACAGCGUACGGUCCACUGCGCCAAGCCCCGAGAUGGCCAGGGGAACGGGAGCAGGAGCGGCGGCCGAUUACUUCAGUAAUGACCAGUACCAGUCUCGACCGACGCAGUCCAGGUCGUCCACGCCGGUCCAGAAUCACGCUCCUAGGCCGGCUACGACCUACGCCAAGUCGGCGGCGAAUGGCAAUGGCGAGACCAACGGACUUUCGUAUCGCUCUCAACAUCCCACUGAGCCGUCAGCUAUCACCCAAGACGCCGUCACUGCCCCCACGCACUUCACUCGUCACCCCGAGAAGCACGGCAAGGACAUAAUCUACGUCAAGGAGGCGGUUGAGGUGGCGCCGGAGCUGGGUCCCUGGGAUCGCGUUACGCAGCAGCUGUAUACUUGGGCACUGGUCUGGGAGGAUGACAGCUUUACCAAGGCGCUCGAGGGGCUGGCGCUGGGCCGGCAGGUGGAGAUGAUGCCACUCACGGUGUUUAGCAUGAUGACUUUCAAGCGGCUGCUCAACCGGAACCUGACCUCCAACCCGCCCAAGGCGUGCGACAAGCUGUUCGUACCGCCUCUUAUGGCUGAAGCUAUCAACAAGGCAGUCCACAACAAGCAGAUCGAUAACGCGCGCCAAAUCCUCGAGGAUCUUUGGUAUCCCUUUGGCUUCAAGACUCCACCGAGGGUCAUCAUUGCGCUCGCCAAACACCGGAACGAGGCUGAGAAAUGGACCGCACACCGCUUCGACCUCUCGACCGGCCACUUGACAACAUACGGCGUGACGUCCGGGCCGCAGAACCUUCCGGAUGGAAGGCCUUUCAUGUGGUGGCACCCGAUCCGCGCCGCUUGGCCCGAGUAUCACAUCCCCGACCCAGAACAGCUCAAGCAGCGGGUCGAAUGGGUCAUCACGCCUGUGGAAGAGCGGAACGACAACUCCCUCAAGGCGCUCAACUACGCGAGGAACCUCUUGUUGGGCUUCAGACCGGAGUUGGCGCGCGACCUGGUCAAGCUGCGGGAGACGGUAUGGGAAGAGGUCAAGCGGCUGUUGCACAAGAAGAAGUUGGGUCAUUUGGUCGUUCAUGUCGACCGCGACUCGCACGAUCAUGAAGUAUGA